UAUAAUAAAUAAUCGAGGGAGGGAAUAUACUAUUUCUAUGUGGCUUCGCAAAUUUGAAGUCAUUAUAUGAUUAUAUUGUCCAUCUUGUUCAAUCUUGAUGCCUAUAUUCAUAUGCUAUGCCUAUAUAUAAUAUGAUUUCUGCCAGUUUUUGCAUAACACAGAAUUGAAGAAAUUUGCAUCUAAUGUAUCGUCGAUUAUUCGUAUAAAUCAGUACCACGUUUCGUAGAUCAGCUUAUGUCGUUGCAUUCUUCGUCAGCAUGUAAAUUAAGGACGUGAAGUGUUUAGGUUACGUUCGUACAUCGUAUAUUAUUAUUGAAUGAAAAUGAAUAAACUAUUAACAGCCCCAAUUAAGGAAGUAAGUCAAAAAGUAAAUGCAGGCGACAUACGUCCCUCUGAUAUCACAAAAGCUGCUAUCAAAGUAGUAUCAAUCAUUAAACCUUUGAAUGCUUAUAUUACGGUUACCGGCAAUAGAGCCAAAGAGCAUGCCGACAAUUCUGAUUCGCGACAAAAUAGUCGCUGUUUAUUGGGAAAACUCGAUGGAAUUCCCAUUGCGAUUAAAGAUAAUUAUUGCACGAAGGGUCACCCGACAACUUGUGCAUCGAAAAUGCUUUCAAAUUUUAUCCCUACCUAUGAUGCUACUGUUUAUAAACGUUUAAAAGAUGCGGGUACAGUGUUGAUCGGUAAAACAAAUCUUGACGAAUUUGCCAUGGGUUCUGGAACGAUAGAUUCUUAUUAUGGUCCAACAAAAAAUUUGUGGAAUUCAGAUCUACUGACAAAAUUCUAUGUGUGUGAUAAUAAGUGUACAGAAGACUGUGAGAGUCGAUCCAUGAAUGAAAACUCAUGGCAUAUAACAGGAGGAAGCAGUGGAGGUUCUGCCGUGGCUGUUGCAACUGGCAGUUGCUACGCUGCCAUAGGUUCAGAUACUGGAGGCUCGACCAGGAAUCCAGCAUCCUACUGUGGACUGAUUGGAUUGAAGCCCACUUAUGGUUUAGUGUCACGCUAUGGACUUAUUCCCCUUGUAAAUUCCAUGGACGUGCCUGGUAUCCUAACAAGAAAUGUCGACGAUGCCGUAUUAGUUUUAAAUAGUAUAGCUGGUCCAGACGAAGCGGAUUCUACUUGUAGACAAAAAGACUAUGUACCAUUCGAUGUACCAAAUGCAAUAGAUAUUAGUAAUCUUAGAGUUGGAAUACCAACAGAAUAUAAAGAGAGAAACUUAAACCAAGAAGUACAAGAAUGUUGGGACGAAGUUUCCCAAUAUUUGAAGGAAGCUGGGGCAACAGUUUGCCCAGUGUCAAUGCCAUAUACUAGUUUAUCUAUAAUGUGUUACGCGGUUUUAAAUCGUUGCGAUGUAGCCAGUAAUCUUGCCUGUUACGAUGGCAUAGAAUACGGGUACAGAGCUGAUGAAUGGAGCUCUGUACACGAAUCAUAUAAAAAGACUAGGUCAGAAGCGUUCGGGAAAGUGGUGAAAGACCGUAUAUUAGUUGGAAAUUACUUCUUACUAGAAGAAAAUUACGACGAAUACUACGUCAAGGCAAUGAAAAUAAGAAGAUUGAUCUCGGAAGAUUUCGACGCCGCAUGGGAUAACAAUGUAGAUGUACUUCUCACACCUACCACAUUGACAGAAGCUCCCAAGUACAAUGAUUUUAUUUUAAUGGAUAAUCAGACACAGUGUUCGAUUCAAGAUUACUGUACUCAGCCUGCUAACAUGGCUGGUGUACCGGCCGUUAACGUACCGAUCAAGCUCUCCAGAAAUGGCUUACCUCUAUCUCUGCAACUCAUGGGACCUUCCUUUACAGAGGAGAGGCUUCUGACAGUAGCGAAGUGGAUUGAACAGAGAGUGCAAUUUCCAAAACUCGAAUUGAAAGAUAUGCCGUUUACAGAAUAAAAUAUUUUCAUGCUUA